AAUAAAGAAGCCCCUAUACAUUAAGGGCCAUUUUGACCAUUUUCUCGUAGAAGCCUCUGUCUGAUAAAAUAUCAUUUCAAAUUGAAGAUUUCUAUUUUUUUCUUUCCUCGAUCAAUUCUGCAAUAUUGCCUCAAGGAAAUGAACGCUCAGUUGAAUUCCACAUCGAAUUCCAUCCAAGAGAACGCCGCCGGAAGUGAUUCCGACUCAAACCCCGACGAUUCGCCUGAAUAUUACCAGCCUAUCUCUUCCACCCCCGAUGACGAUCAGAACUCCGAUGAUGAUGAAGAGUGCCACGAAUCUAGUAAUUUUCAUCGCCUUCCUAAUGGCUAUGCGAAUUGCGUAGAGAACGGUAUAUCAUCACUGGAUCUAAGUGACGUGGAUGAUGAGGUUGAAGAAGAGGAGGAAGAGAUAAUAGCGGCGGCUGAUACUGCUGUACGGAGAGCGUUUAGAGAGGACGAGAGCCGUCGCAACAGUCCAUUGACGGAGGAGAAUGCAACGAGAGUAAUGGAAGCUAUGCGUAGGGUUUCUUUUGGUGGAGUGGCUCCUGAUUGGACUACCCAACUUCCUGAGGAUCAGUGGAUUGAUCAUUUACGAAGAUUGAGAACACCGCCAGCUACUACUACCUCGACGAAUUGAAGAUGUUGAUUUGCUAUUAAUUAAUACUAAUUGCAUGAGUUUUAUGGAUUUAAUUUUGUUUGUUGUAGCUGAUUAUUCAUGGGAUGUGGUAGCUAUUGUUGUUACAUUGUUGAAUGUUGAGUUGUAGUUAAACCUUUCUAGCCUUAUAUGGUCAUGAAUAUGCUUUAAGAA